AUGGAGCCCAAUGGCACAGCCUCUUCUUGUUGUCUGGACUCUGCCGCGUGUAAGAUCACUGUCGGCAUGAUCCUCGUUGUCCUCAUCCUCAUCACCAUUGCUGGCAAUGUGGUGGUCUGCCUGGCUGUGGGCUUGAACCGCCGGCUCCGCAGUCUGACCAACUGCUUCAUUGUGUCCUUGGCCAUCACUGACCUGCUCCUCGGCCUCCUGGUGCUGCCCUUCUCGGCCUUCUACCAGCUGUACAACACGUGGAGCUUUGGCGAGGUCUUCUGCGAUAUCUAUACCAGCCUCGAUGUGAUGCUCUGCACGGCCUCCAUCCUCAACCUCUUCAUGAUCAGCCUUGACCGAUACUGCGCUGUCACAGACCCCCUGCGCUACCCCGUGCUAGUCACCCCUGCCCGGGUCACCAUCUCCCUGGUCUUAAUUUGGGUUAUCUCCAUCACCCUGUCCUUCCUGUCUAUCCACCUGGGGUGGAACAGCAGGAAUGAGACCAGCAUGAGCGACAUCAGCAAGGUCAAUCACACUGCCUUGAAGUGCAAAGUCCAGGUCAACUUGGUAUACGGCUUGGUGGACGGGCUGGUCACCUUCUACCUGCCCCUGCUGGUCAUGUGUGUCACCUACUACCGCAUCUUCAAGAUCGCCCGGGAUCAGGCCCGGAGGAUCCAUCAAGUCAGCUCCUGGAGGGCAGCCACCAUCAAGGAGCACAAAGCCACGGUGACGCUGGCCGCUGUGAUGGGAGCCUUCAUCAUCUGCUGGUUUCCCUACUUCACCGUGUUUGUCUACCGCGGGCUGAGAGGGGAUGAUGCCGUCAAUGAGGUGUUUGAAGCCAUCGUUCUGUGGCUGGGCUACGCCAACUCGGCCCUGAACCCCAUCCUGUACGCUGCACUGAACAGAGACUUCCGCAUGGCAUACCAGCAGGUCUUCCACUGCAGGCUGGCCCGCCGCAAUGCCCGUAAAAUUUCUCUGAGGUCCAACAGCUCCCAGCUCUCCAGGAACCAAAGCCCAGAACCCAGGCAGCAGGAAGAGAAGGCCCUGAAGCUCCAGGUGUGGAGUGGGACAGAGGUCACGGCCCCCCGGGGAGCCACAGACAGGAAGCCAGCGCUGUCCUGCGCCGUGUGCUCCAGCAACCUUCUGAGCUGCUGCAAGAGCCUCUGGGGGCUUAGGCUCCUCCAGAACAUGUGGGAGGCCCCUCGGAGGGGCAGCCGGGGGAGCCACUGUUUGAGGAGCCGCUGAGGACACCGCCCCAGGAAGCGGUGAGGACACUGCCCUCCGAGGCCGUCUAGACCCAGCCCCGGGACACUGAAGAUACUGCUCCUGGCCACCAAGAUUUGACUCUUGGAGCCACUAAGGACCCAGAAGCCCCCCAAAGCCCCCCAAGGACAUCCUAGCCUGAGUCUGGGGACUCCCAGAGCACACAGGGGGGUGCUGGGGUCCUUGGGCCUAAGAUGGAGCAGCCUUCUGUACUCAGCGGUCCCAGACAGAUGUUCAGGACCCCCCUGGGUCCAGGUCCGUUGAAUCCCAUGGGUUCAAAGCUCACAUUGGUGCUGGCCCUGAGUCAUGAGCAGGGGCAGCGGGACAUUUGGGGAUGUGUGCACGUGUGUGCACAGAUGUGUACGUGCAGGAGCACGCUGUCUUCUGAGUAGAGUGUGUUGCCAAUAAAGUGUUAGCCUCUUACUGCCCCGUGGGUUCUGCAGGACAGCAGAAAGGAGAGAGAAAGGAAGGGAAGGA